AUGCGCAGAAGGCUGGAGAAGGUCAAAACCUCUGCCAAAAAGAUCAAAAAUGCUAUCAAAGACCUACCAAAACGCUCCAAGAAAGAACUUAAGCCACCUGAACAGCUACCACAAGCUACAAUAGCACCGGUAAUUCCUGAAGUUGAACUUCUCCCAGAGCUAGAAAUACCAUUCCCUGGCGCCGGUGACAAUGCAGGCGCAGGCCCAUAUAGAAAAGCCUCCAGGAGAUCUGGAUCAGGGUCUGGAUUAGGUUCCAAGAAGUCUGAACCAAGCUCGAAGAAAUCUGGAUCCGGUACGAAACAACCUGGGUCAGGUAUUAUAAAGAGGAAAGCUGUACCUGCGCCACCAGCAGUACUUGCAGCUGGACCUCCGCCAGAGGAAGAAACGCCGGCUUUGACAAGAGCUGCAUCGGAUCCUGAGACAUCCAGCACAGGCGAAAAGGUGGGCCCAGAUCCGUCUAGAAGAGCUUCUAGGAGAUCUGGAUCAGGGUCUGGAUCAGAUUCCAAGAAGUCUAAAUCAAGCUCGAAGAAAACUGGAUCAAGUAUCAAACAACCUGAGUCAGGUGUAAAGAAGAAGAGAUCAGGAUCGCCAAAUACUGGAUCAGGCUCUAAGUCAGGCUCAAAAAUAGGCUCUGGUGCAAGCGAAGACCCCUCUGGAUCAGGUUCAAUUAAGGCCGCAUCUGCUAAAUCAUGGAGCACAGGUGAUUAUGGUACAGGGCCGAAGACAAGCCCAAAGAGAUCCGGAUCGGGUUCUGGAGCAUGGUCUGAAAAGUCUAAAGCAAGUUCGAAAAAGUCCGAGUCGGGUACAAAGGAAGUUCCAGAAGGAUCACUGAAAUCCGGGGCAAGCGUAAGGUCGUCUGUGUAUGGACCAGGUGAAGGGCCACCCGACAAACCACCUGGUCGUGACCCCGCCAUGCCUCGUGUUUGGCUCCGUCAAAAAGGAGCUCAAUAUGCGAGCUGGAUCAAUGACCCUCAAGCCCCCGGCUGUCCUAUUGGCCCAAAUACACUAACAAUGCCCCAGGCAGUCUUAUUGGGUGGAACGAGACAGACCUUUAGCACUGGUGAUGACUUAAAAUGGGUUGAACAGCCUUUGUUCUUACCACCACAGGAAGAGAUGCCCCGAAAGCAUGAAGACUAUACACAGGAGGGUCUGAUGUUUGAUAGGACAUUUGUUCGUAUACUGUUCUCGCCACAAAUUAUGGAAUGCAAGAACAUCGAUCGUGAAGAAGACUUGGGUGAACAAGCUGGAAAUUAUCCGCAUGUGUCCGAGCAAAUGCUGGCUCUCUAUCGACGAAAGCAUGAUCUUGAUAACCUUCGGUAUAUCUUCAUGACAAGCAUUGUCAACAUUCAGACUUCGGACCUUUUACUAUGGAAGAUGUAUCCUUCUAGUGGUCCAUGGGAGCCGGAGGCUUGGGAGUCUGGCACAGAUGAAUAUCUGGAGCUUCUGGGUACCCGGAUUGGAAGGACUGCGGCGUCUAUUGUGCUGGCUGGUUUCCCUCGUGGUACAAUUCGAAUCGCCCGUAUUUGGGUCUGGGAGUAUGGUGGUGCGAGCAUGCAAAUGCGCUUUGAUCUUGAGCGAGCUCAGUAA